GGGGGAUCAGUUAGUGUCGCUGCACCGAAGGCGGCGGAAGAAGCCUGUGGGUGCUGUUUCAGGGUGGGACUCGGAUCCGGUAGCCGGGGUUUGACAAGGGGUCGCACUGUUCGCGGGUAUAAUGGAGCCAGAGUGCAAAAAGAGAAAAACAAGGGCAAUCAGCACUUUCACUUGGGAGCUGAGGCCUGUACUUUCAGAUGAGAAAUUGUGUGAAGUUGAACUUCUAGAAGCAUAUGCAGCCCCUAUUAUCAACACAAAACAAACAUCUUGUCUCAUUAAACAAUUGGCUUGUCUCUAUCCACUGAACAGCCUUCCACAUAUCAAGAGAGUACGAACAUGCAGGGAGAAGAACACCGAUCAUGCUUUAGAAAUCAUCAUUUGUCUGCUCAGGGAUUUGAAUGGCACGGAUGUACCAAAUGGAGAAGUAUCUCUCAGUGACCUCUUUCCUGAAGGAAAGGCUGAUGGCAUUGGACUUGGAGAACCUUUUCACGUCAAGAUACCAGCAUACCAACCAUUGACCAGACCUCAGUUUGAAGCAGCUAGCCAGCACUGGCCAACAACUUUCCAUGAAAACAAGCAGGUGACUGAUGCCCUCCAAGGUCGUCUUUUUAAUGCUGAAAAGAGAGCAAAGAUGCAGACUUUUAUGGAAAAAGCUAUCGAAGCAGCUAAAUUAGGAAAGGAAAUGGGGAUGGAGCCAGUAGGUGCAGUGGUUGUUAACCCAGCCACUGAUGAGAUUAUUGCAGUAGGUCAUGACUGCAGAAAUGGAUCAAAUCCACUGCUUCAUGCAGUUAUGGUGUGUAUUGAUCUAGUUGCCUAUGGACAAGGUGGUGGUGUUUUUAAUCAUAACAAAUAUCCUAACUGUCAUUUUAAGUCUUUAGAAUCCUUUUCCGAUGACCACGUAAUCAAUGUUGGUAAACCUUUGCUUCCUUCAAAGGAUCAUAGUUCCACAGGAGCUAUUGUAAAUGGACUGCCCUACAUAUGCACUGGCUAUGAUCUAUAUGUUUCAAGAGAACCAUGUGUAAUGUGUUCUAUGGCACUGGUCCACUCCAGAAUACGCACAGUUUUUUAUGCAACAUCUUCUCCUGAUGGAGCAUUGGGCACUAAAUAUAAAAUACAUACAAAAAAGGAUCUUAAUCACCAUUAUGAUGUUUUUAAAGGAUUGAUGAAAGAAGAAUGUCAGCUUCUUUUGUCUUAACAUUGAGCAAUAGUUUCAGUCUUGCUUGUGGAACAAAAUGUAUUUUUAUUACAAAUUUCAUUUUUAAAUGCAUUUUCAUUUUAUAUACUGUUUUAACUCCAAUGGACCAUCAACUCUUAAUUUCUAAGUAAAUAUUUACUAUUUUGAAGAGUUGUGUAACUUCUUGAUGUUUUAUUUA